ACUGUUACAACUUUGUGUACUUAAGAAUCUUAGUUUUGAAUCAGGACAACAACAAAAAAGACACAUGUUCUUCUCUGGUCUUAUCUCCAAGCUUCAUGUUCAUGGUACUAAGAGAACAAAUCACUUCACGAUCUUUCACCGUUUGAAUCAUUUCGUCACUACAUCAUCUUCCUCGGUUACGCCUCUUUCGCCUCAAGAUCGAAACAAACUCUUAGCUACUCUGUUAUCAAACUGCACUAGCCUAGCUCGUGUUCGUCGGAUCCAUGGUGACAUCUUCCGUUCACGAAUCCUCGAUCAAUAUCCGAUCGCUUUCUUAUGGAACAACAUCAUGCGAUCUUACAUUCGCCAUGAGUCUCCUCUCGAUGCAAUUCAAGUAUAUCUCGGUAUGGUGAGAUCGACUGUUUUACCCGAUCGAUAUUCUCUUCCGAUUGUAAUCAAAGCAGCCGUUCAAAUUCAUGAUUUUACGUUGGGAAAGGAGCUUCAUUCCGUCGCCGUUAGGUUAGGGUUCGUCGGAGAUGAGUUCUGCGAGAGUGGGUUCAUUACAUUGUAUUGUAAAGCAGGGGAAUUUGAGAACGCACGUAAGGUGUUCGAUGAAAAUCCUGAGAGAAAGCUGGGGUCUUGGAACGCCAUUAUCGGAGGGUUGAAUCACGCUGGUCGAGCUAACGAGGCGGUGGAAAUGUUUGUGGAUAUGAAAAGGAGUGGACUUGAGCCUGAUGAUUUCACUAUGGUUAGUGUGACUGCUUCUUGUGGAGGAUUAGGUGACUUGAGCUUGGCUUUUCAGUUGCAUAAAUGCGUUCUACAAGCUAAGACCGAAGAGAAGUCUGAUAUCAUGAUGCUGAAUUCGCUCAUUGAUAUGUAUGGAAAAUGUGGGCGUAUGGAUUUAGCGAGUCACAUAUUCGAGGAAAUGCGACAGAGAAACGUUGUCUCUUGGAGUUCUAUGAUCGUGGGUUACGCAGCUAACGGGAAUACAUUAGAGGCUUUAGAAUGCUUUCGUCAGAUGAGAGAAUUCGGUGUCAGACCAAACAAGAUCACGUUCGUUGGAGUUCUCAGUGCUUGCGUCCAUGGAGGUCUUGUGGAGGAAGGAAAAACAUAUUUUGCGAUGAUGAAGUCAGAGUUCGAGCUAGAACCGGGAUUAUCGCAUUACGGAUGCAUAGUUGAUCUAUUGAGCCGUGACGGGCAGCUUAAGGAGGCAAAGAAAGUUGUUGAGGAGAUGCCGAUGAAGCCUAACGUGAUGGUUUGGGGUUGUUUGAUGGGAGGGUGUGAGAAGUUUGGGGAUGUUGAGAUGGCUGAGUGGGUGGCUCCAUACAUGGUUGAGCUUGAGCCGUGGAACGAUGGUGUUUAUGUUGUCUUGGCUAAUGUGUAUGCACUCAGAGGGAUGUGGAAAGAUGUUGAGAGAGUUAGGAAGUUGAUGAAGACGAAGAAGGUUGCUAAGAUUCCUGCCUAUAGCUAUGCUUCAACGACAUUUUGAAACUUGUUUCUCUACAUGUUCGAAAAAUGUAACAUCAUAACAAAGAAGAUCAAGAUAAUUUUUCUAAUUAGAUCCUUAAUCCUUCUAUUUUAUUC